AUGUCAUCGGUCCCUGUAAGUCCAACCGUCGACGGUCUCCUCACUACAGAAAACGAGAACCACCGGUAUGCGAAGACGCCUCACUUGUGGGCCCUCGGUGUCGGCACCGUCAUCGGUGGCGAAUUUUACGGUUGGCAAUCUUCACUGAUCGCCGGCUUCGACGGUCUCCUCAUCAUUUUGGUUUUCGUGACGAUCCUCUACACGCUGUUGACAUUCUCGAUCGCUGAAAUGUCAGCCUCAAUCCCUUCGGGGGGAGGACCCUACGUAUUCUCACUACAUGGUAUCGGCCCCAAAGCUGCCUAUUUCGCUGGAUUAGCUGAAAUAGUUAAGGUCACUGCCACAGUUGCAACCACAUUUUACAGCAUCUUCCUGUACUUGGACGCUCUUUUCGGCCUGGACACCAACUACGGGCCGCUGUGGUGGAUCGGCUUAAACGUUCUUUUCAUCUCACUCAACAUAAUGGGUGUUGAAGCCACCUUCCGUGCGCAGGUGUUUGCAACCUUGCUAUCGACAGCAAUGCUAGUUAUCUUUUACGUUGGCGCGUUCACUAAACUUGACUACAAAACUUGGGUUGUGGAUCAAAAUUGGGAGUGGACAAAUUGGAGUGCCUCGAUUCAGGGUAUUUCGUUCGCACUAUGGUUCUACUUCGGCAUAGAAGAACUGCCGCUUGCUGUUGAUGAGACCAUCCAGCCCGAGAAGAAUAUCCCGCGUGGUAUCAUGUGGUCCAUGGCCACGCUAAUAAUUCUAGCUGUCCUGACCCUUGUCUGCAGCUCACUAAUCUACCCAGGUGCCGCCAUCGUUUUCGAGUCAACAGCUCCGUUGGUAGAGGGAUACAAAAGCGUCUUCGGCGGCAAUGGAACCACUUCUGGGUUUAUAUGGCUCACAGUGAUCGGUAUCAUUUCCAGCACUCAUUCGUUCGUAUAUUGUAUGAGCCGUUUGCUCUACGCGAUCGCGUGCGAUGGAUAUCUACCACAGUUUCUCACGAAGGUGCACCCGACGCGUGGUUCAGCCUACGCUGCUCUUAUCACUGGUGGUGUUGCGAACCAGGUCCUCGCUAUUAGUCUCUUCUACAUCGUCGGAAUUAUGGACUUGGGCGGAGUGCUCAUUAACCUCGCGUUGUUUGGUGCACUCAUUUCGUACUCGUUCCAGUUGGUGUCGUUCAUCAUGCUUCGAAUCAACCAACCAGAUCGGCCUCGACCCUAUCGCAGCCCAUUCGGCAUUGCAGGAGCUGUGGUUUGUCUCGUACUCUGUGCGGUGUGCUUCGCUGCCAUCAUCUACAGCGGCACUUCGAGUAACAAUUUCCUCAUUGCUGUUAUCACUGCGGUGAUCUUGUUCGCGGUCGGCACGGGCUAUUAUUUCAAGUCGGUGUUACCGCGUCUGAAGAGCGAAAAGUUUACUCAACUCUCGCCCAGGCCGUCCAAGAGCCUGCGUCAAAACCUCAUCAGCAUCCAGAGUAAUGUGUAAUUUGACUACAGUACGUUGCUAGCCGAAUGUUUCGUCGUUAAAUUAAUAGC